AUGGAUCUUCCUGCUUCACAAGAUUUCUCCGAAGAAGCCCAACUUCUUGUAGCAGGUCUCGCCUCCAAACUAUCCAACGCACCACCUCAAGGUUCAACCUCAGUCAGUACAUACGACACAGCCUGGACAUCCAUGAUAUCCAAACCCAUCUCAGGACACCAACAAUGGCUAUUCCCCUUAUCUUUCUCGUACAUCUUUCAAAGUCAGAAUGCAGAUGGUGGCUGGGGAGACCUUAUAACAGGAGUAGAAGUAGACGACAUCUUGAAUAGCAUGUCCGCCUUACUAGCCCUCCUCAAACAUCGACAUAAAAACCCAGUUAUUAAUGGCGACACACUACCUCAAGACAUUGAUUUCCGAAUCACCGAUACCGUCUCGUGGCUUGAGAGAAAGCUGCGAACCUGGGAUGUGGAAGCUACCGAUCAUGUUUGCUUCGAGAUGCUCGUUCCUAUGCAUCUCCAAUUAUUACGCGAGUUUGGAUUCGAGUUUCCGUUUCCUGGCUUGCCAUUUCUGAUGAAGCUCCAUGACGAGAAAGUAUCAAGUUUCGAUUUUCACAAGGCGUACAAGGCUAAAGACACCUUUCUUUACCCUCUAGAGGCGUUUAUCGGCGUGCUUGACUUCGAUGAACUAAAAACGCAGCUCAAGAACGGAAACUUCACGUCCUCACCCGCGUCGACGGCUGCGUAUCUAAUCCACGCGUCUGUUUGGGAUGAGGAAGCGGAGAACUACUUGCAAGCAGUAUACAAGAAUGGUGAGGGUAAUGGGACGGGUGGAUUUCCGAGUGCAUUUCCAAGUGAGGUAAUUGAGUCAAGCUGGGUAAGCACAACUGCCUUCCGGAUAAAAUACGAACUAACAUAGCAUAAUAGAUGCUAUCAACAUUAUUGGAAGCUGGUUUUACCGCUGCUAAUCUCGGAGAGGAUCAUACGACGGUGAUUGGAGGAUAUCUGGAAAAGACCCUCACAUCAUCCAAGGGUACAGUUGGCUUUAGUAUACACCCCAUGACAGGAACCCGUACAAUCUUACACAUAUACUAACCCCUUCAUAGCUCUCGGGGCGAUACCAGAUGCAGAUGAUACAGCAAAAGCAAUCCUCACAUUAUCCCUACUGA